AUGGAGAAUACUAAGACCAUUGAUACACCUAUUGCCAUUGCUACUCCAAUUGACAUGGACGAAACUGGUUCUCCUGUCAAUGAAACAAUGCAUAGGGGUAUCAUUGGGUCUCUUAUAUACUUGAUUGUUAGCAUACCCGAUAUUGUCUUUAGUGCUGGGUUGUGUGCUAGGUCCCAAUCAAGCACAAAAGAAUCUGACUUAAUGACUGCCAAAAGAAUUUUGAGUGCACUCUACAUGGCAAAGAACACGGUGGAACACAAAAGGACAAAGCACAUUGAUGCGAGGCACCAUUUCCUGAGGGACAAUGUUGAAAAGGGUCUGAUUUGUAUGACAUUAUGGAAGACGGAGGACCAAGUAGCAAACAUAUUCACCAAGGCACUGGGCAGGGAACCUUUUGAAAGAAAUCGUCUGGAGUAA